GUACAGUCACUACCAUGGUGUCUUCUACUGUCCGAUCACUUAUUGAUGAGGCACGUGCACCAUCUAGGGAUGGCUGCCGAGAAUCAAGAAUCUACCUUGCCGUUGGAACUGCUUUGUCUGUGUUUGGGGUGCUUAUAGGAUUCUUACUUGGAUUCUUAUUUGGUUUCAUUACCGCUACCAGGAGAAAAAGGUAGAAAAUUGUGUGUGUAUAAACCUUACUCUCAGUCUGUGUAGUAGUACUAAUGAAGUGAUUGCUGAGGAGAACCCAGCCUAUGGUGUGACACUUGGUCCAGGACCAGCAACCACCACUGAGCCACCACCAACUGCUCCUCAGCCUCAGGAGGCUGAGUAUGAACUGAUCCCUUUUUAGAACGUGGACAACAGUACACAUUGUGUUUAACAUUUAACAUUAGUAACCAUAUUUCUGUGCAUGUU